AUGUCGUGGCUUCGAACAGCGCUUAGCCAAGAAUGCGGCAGCUAUGUGACUUCUCCCGACUUCUUUGUGGACAGGUACAAGUUCGAAGUCAUCUACAGUCCGUUAGGCAAUCGCAUCGAAGAUUACACUGACGAGCCGAAGUUCGGAUCCCUUGCCAUCCGAUCAUACCCCCCAAAUCCAGCAACUCCCCUUGCCUUUCGCUACAGCAUCCUUGUCCAAAGACGGGACGGGUCCUUCGUCCAGUGGGAUGUAAUCCGGCAUGGUACGUCAGUUGAAGUCUAUGGCCCAGAUGUGCAUGUAAAGGGCUCAGCUCCGUCAGCGAUCGGAAUCUUCGAGUGGGUGUCGGACGACACGUUGACUUUGAAGUUCGUCUUGGAAGUCCGUCCGCUUGGAACCCAAGUGACCGAGUUUCCAUUCAAAGAGUCCGUGGAUGUGCCAGAGCCGAGCCUGCAUCGUGACAUGGAAACUCUGCUCGAGGAAGCUAGCAGCAGUGAUGUACGGUUCAGCGUGCAGGGCGAGGACAUCCGCGCACACUCGCAAGUUCUCUGCGCGAGGUCGGAGGUGCUCAGAAAGCAGCUGAGCUCAGGAAUGCAGGAGUCCAUGUCCAAGGUGGUCAUGGUUGAAGACUGCAAUGUGGCCACCUUCAAAUCCUUCUUAAAGUUUCUAUACACUGACAACCUUCCGACUAUCCAGGACCUUGCAACAGAGCAAGCGAGCCAAGCUGAGAAGGAAGUCGGCAGUCGACAUCCCUCACAGAUGGAGGCAUUGUGGGCCGUCAGCCAUAAGUAUCAGGUAUUACGCCUGCAGCGGUGGUGCGAAGCGCAGCUUUGCAAGCAACUCAGCGCCGAGCAGGUCUGCAGCGUCCUCCGCCAGGCGCAUAUCUUCGAGGCCACACAGCUCGAGAAGGCCUGUCUCUCCUACAUCAGAGACAACCUUGCAGAGGUGCUCAAGCUUCAGGCCUACACAGAUCUCAACAGCAAAUGGCCUGAGAUCGCAUUGAAGCUUCAGCUCUUUUCGACCGGUGUGCCAGAAACCGAGGCAGCGACAAUCUUGCAGGCCCGCAAGUUACGAAGGUUGGAAGAUGGGACGGAGAAGACGCUGUAA